UUAGUUGGUAAAUACAGCGCAGAGUGAUAAUGGAAGCAUGUCGAACAACAGUUAAAUUUUUACUCCCGCUGAAAUAGUACUUCAUAGCACCUGGAGGUCCAGUUCGGUUGAAAAACAGUGAAGUGCCUUUCUUGAAUGAAACCUUGACUAAAUUUUCAACAAAGAAACAUUACAAAUGAGCUGGAAGUUCCGGGAUAAAAAAAUUAUGUUGGAACGAAAAGUUGUUUGGGUGUACCCCCUGCUGCUGGCCUCCAUAUUUUCUCUUCAUCCAAUUGGCGUUUGCGCGCAAGGUUCUACGCUGAAGUCUGGUCUAUUGAAAAUAACGAAACCAACACCUAGGACUAUGUACAAUGGCACCUCAACAAGGGUAGUAGCAACAGCAACGAGCACUACCCCACUGCCGACUUCAACCACCACAGAGACGAAUGAGAACAGCUCAUCGACUCCUAUAAUUCCGGAAAUUUGCAUACACGGACUAAAAAUAGUGUCUUCUGACAAGGAUCAGGCGCAGAGUGUGCGCCACGAAAGGGAUUUUGUACACGUGAUUGAAGGCGACGCGAUGCUCAGCAUACUGACAUCGGACGUUGCCUCUGCCCUUUUUGUUGUAAAUCGUAUAAACGGAGUCAAUCUGUUGGAUGCAGAUUUUGAAAUUGGAGUCCGUGCCAUUCUAGUCGAAGAUGAGGUUGUAGCUGAGAAUUUACUUAUGCAAGAGGUGCAAUAUCUGCAGCAGUGCAUAACCCACGCAAUUGGAAUUUUUGUCGACUACGAUGUCUACAAGAGCUCCGAACAGAUCAUCAAAGAUUUGGAGUACAAUAUUUGGCCAAUGCUUUCGCCGCAUGUAUAUCUGUUUCCGAAGGUGGCGCAUCUGCUACAUCAAAUGCCUUGGGGGGAAAAUAUAGCAUCAGUGGAAAUUCUCACUGAAAACCUGGAAACUUAUAAUGAGUUCAUGGAGGCUGUACGGCAUGAACAAAUGUGUCUUAUGCAUUUUAAGAGCGAAAAGAAUAUCUACAUCCUCUUCGGAAAUAAGAUGGCUAAUCAUUUUGAAGAAAAUGGCACAAUUUUCGCAGUUCCCACCGAUCGCGCUGAUCGUACAUUUAUAUCAGAUCUCCCGGAUAAGUCCUAUGUACUUAUGGAACGCGAAAUACAUGCUGACGCAAUUGAUGGAAAUUCCACUUUGUCUACAGUAGAGGAGGCACUGACGGGCAAAUCGGUCCAACCAUCACGUGUUUUUGCUUUUGCUCGACCUAUGCUGGAGUUGGUGCGUUGGCUUAAAGGCUCAUUAGCUCGUAACUGCAAGCGGGAGCAAAACAUUUUCAUAUUAGAGUCAUGUUUCAAUUUUCUCACAUUCAUCGCCGACUGGCAAACGCCUGAGUAUCGUCAGUAUUACGAACCCUCAAAGAUUCUAGAGUUAUUGCAUAUGCAUCGCUUUGCUUCUCUAAUGAACUUUCAAAUGUAUCAAAAAUUCAACGAAAACGGCCAUGGAACCACGACCAUUUCAUCUGGCGAGGAUCAUAUAGAACUUCGGGAGAUUGCGUCGCAAAACUUCGUUACGAACAUAACUACUUUCUAUCACUACAAUCGUGCCAAUAGCACUAGCCUAGAGCUGAAACCGAAAUUUGGCCAGGUUUUCAAUUGCCAGUAUAGUGCGGGGGAGAAUGCCCGAUAUCCAUUUCUGUUUGAUGGCGAAUCAGUGAUGUUUUGGCGCAUUAGACCAGAUGCAUGGGUAGCCACGGGAAUGACUGCUGCAAUUCUUGGUCUAAUAAUUACAUUGGCCAUAUUGGUGUUUAUUGUCGUGCGCAUCUCCUUGGGCGAUGUGUUUGAAGGCAAUCCCGUUACUUCAAUCCUACUGCUACUUUCUUUAAUUUUGUUAUUCAUUUCGUUCGUGCCCUUCUCUUUGGAGUACAUUGGUGAGCAUCGUAACUCGCAUGUGACUUUCGAAGAUGCCGCCACACUCAACACCCUCUGCGCUGUGCGCGUUUUCGUUAUGACGCUCGUCUAUUGCUUUUCAUUCUCGCUUAUGCUUUGCCGGGCCGUUAUGCUCGCCUCUAUCGGUUCAGAGGGUGGAUUUUUAUCCCAUGUCAACGGCUAUAUUCAGGCGGUAAUAUGCAUUUUCAGUAUUUUCGUGCAGUUAGGUAUGUCUAUUCAGUUGUUGGUGAUCAUGCAAGUGGCCACAGAGAGCAUAUCAUGUGAGAAUAUGUACUAUGGACAUUGGUUGUGGGUUUUGGUGGCGUACGACUUCAUCUUGCUCGUGGGUAUUGUCGGUCUGGUUCCUUUCAUUUAUCGCUCACAACGGAAUUAUCGCGAAGGAAUUCUCAUUGUUAUUGGUGCAGUGCUGACUUUUGUUAUUUGGAUCGUUUGGAUUGGAAUGUCAUUCUUCGGCGAUGAGAUGCGUGAUGCAGCUAUACCUUUGGGGCUCCAGGCUACCGGUUGGGCUAUAUUGGUAGGAGUGCUUAUCCCACGCACGUUCCUUAUAGUGCGCGGUAUUGAGCGUUCGGAUAUUGCUCAAGCUUUGCCCUCGCUUACUUCGUUGGCCUUCGCGCAGAAUAAUCAGUACUCUUCCGAACAGAGCGUUUACGAGUGUGUUAAUCCAGCUAUGCGUAGUUGUUCGCAGGCCGAAAUGGCUCAAUCGCCCAGUGAAAUUCCAACACUUCCAUUACGUGGUGGUGGACCACGACGUCAACAAUUUUUUGCCAACCUGCGCCAGGCCAAUGCUAAUAUAAACCCACAACGACCUCCUCCGCGCCCACAACGGGGAAGUCCCACACGUUCAGAGUGCUCUUCCUUGCCUGACUCCCCAGAGAGUAGUAAGAUAACUCGAUUCUAAACGGAACGAAAAAUGUGGAAGAAAGAGUUUUUAUAUUACAUAGAAAGUAUUUUUAACUCUCCAUCAUCUUUGUAUCUAGUCAUUGUCUUUCGAAGACUGUUAUUUUUAUUACAUUAAAACCAAACAUACCUUAUACUUUAGUAUAUUGUAUUAAAUAAACUAUGCCUAAACAUACAAAAAA